CUAUCACCGUUCAAGCGCAAACACAACAAAAACGUUCAUCGCGCAUCACCAGCUCGCGCAGUUUCGGCACAAAUGUCAAAGCGUCCGCCUCGAAUGGUGUUAAUUUCGAUUGCCCCGAAGAGUUUGGCUACUAUCCGCAUCCGUCCGAUUGUACACAGUAUUAUGUGUGUGUAUUCGGUGGCGCAUUGCUCGAAAGUUGCACCGGCGGAUUGAUGUAUUCGCAUGAGCUACAAACCUGUGAUUGGCCACGCAAUGUGGGUUGUGAAGUUGUCGAUAAUAGCGCCGCGUCCCUAGGCAGCACUGGUAGCGGUAGUGGCACACGUUCGGGCAAGCAACAACAACAGCAACAAUCAAUUAACAGUCAACAUGUGCCAAGUCGUAUACGUUUCGGUUCUGCCUUCAGCAGUCCGGCGGGCACAACACAGUCACCGAAGGCAACAGUGCCACCGCAAUACCAUCGCCAGCCACCGCAGGUCAUACAGGCGCAGGUGCAGUCAUUGCCACAGCAUGCGGGCACAGUGAUUGGUACGCGUGGACAGCCGAAACCAUUCGAUACACAAGAGGAUAUAGCGAAGCUUUAUGCUGACGCACAUGAGACGCUGCCCCCAGUCGAAGAGGAGGAAAGCGAUCGUCAACAGCGCGUCUAUCGCGGCCAACCAAGUACAGUGAGUCAGGUGCAACGCGAUCGUGAUGGCAUCAUACACCAGGCGAGCAUCAAUGCCAUACCAAAUCAUGGCAAAAUCGGUUCCUACGCCUUCGGCUCUCAAUUUAGACCCGAAUCAUCCUCGCCAUCAUCACCUCAAUCGCAAUUGGCGCCCAGUCAUUAUGCACAGCAACAACAACAACAACAACGUCCACCGACUGGCGUGAUUGUGGAGGCGAUACCAUCAACAUCCAUACAAAAUCCCAAUCGUAAUUACUAUAACACAACGGCAUUAUUAAAUCAUGCGGGCUAUGAGUCACAAGCAAACAUACACCACCAACAACAACACCAUCAUCAAUUGCAUGAGACUCAGCAACAGGCUGAUGAGCAACAACAAUUAGUUGGGUUGCAUAAUCAACAUGCGCAACAACAACAGCAGCAACACCAACAACAUCAGCAGCAACAGCAACAAGCACCGCAACAAUCCAACCAGGAGCAAAGCUCCUAUGAACAAUAUUACUCAGUUUAUGAUGAUGAUCUUGAUUUGUAUAGGGAUAUAGAAUAUCAGCAGCAGCAGCAGCAGCAGCAGCAACAACAGCCACCACCGCAGCAACAAUAUCAGCCACCACCGCAGCAACAAUAUCAGCCGCCACCACCACAACAACAACAACAGUCUGUACGUCAACAACCUGUUCAACAAUCGACCUAUCGACCCUUGGAAAUAUUGACAACACCAGCACCACGAGAGACUUAUAAGCCACAAGAGAAGCCUACUUACAACAAUAAUCAACAAUCGUUGAUCUAUAAUACAGACUAUGAUGAGGAUCUGAUUGCACAGAUCGAGCAGGAUAAUGUGUAUGAUCAGCCGACACGUCCGCCACUGAGAUCUAAAACGCAUGCAAAUAAAUACCAAAAGAACCAACGUACGCAAUCAAAUCCACCACAACAACCACCUUCCGCAAUCAAAACACCACCUCCAUCUCCAACUCCACCUACAUCUUCCCCAACUCCCACGCAAAGAACGACAAGCAUACCAACAUCCACUACAACGACAACAUCCACAGAAAAACCCCAACCGUUUCCCAGUGCACAAUAUUCUAACUCGGACGAGACGUUUGUCACGGUAGUCUCCAAGCCGCACAGUCUCGCCGCACACAACCCAAAUAUACAACAACAAAACAGAAAUCCCUCUAACACACCCAAUACACCGCAGUCCCAGUCAUCCUUGUUAGGUUUUCGAACGGUGGACGACAUUGAAACUAUCUCAGACGCCAGUCAAAACGUACACGUACAGACAGCUGAACCCUUUAGAAGUGCUGGUCGUCCGUUUGAGUCAAGCACUGCGCUUAACGGUAGGGGAAAAUUUUUGGCUGUCAUUGACAAAGUGGAGACGUAUGCUGACGGUUCGCAUGGCAAUUCGGUACGCGCAAUUAGUGAUAAAGCUGUUUCACAUGAAAAGUAUGGGUCACACGAGAAUGCCUAUCGCAGCAGCAAGCAAUCGAAUGAGUAUUAUGGUAAAAUAACUGACGUGAAAUCACCACAGAAGAGCCGUUUGCAAAGCUAUAUUGUCUCCGAUGUCGCGCCGCAGAGUUUCAAACCCGUGCCGACCGUUAAAGAAGUAGCGUUGCCAUCCCCAGAGCCUGAGACUGUUUUAGAGCUUAUAAGCGGUGAAAGCUCCGCAUCCAGCACUACACUUCGUUACCCCACAAACAUAGUAUACGAGCCGAAACCCUUUAAAUAUAAUCUACACACAGGUGCAAAUGGUUUUAGUUUGCGCGCGCAAGGCGUAGAGGAGGUGGGGAAACCCAUCUAUGAGCGUAGACCAAAUGUGACGCCGCAACAGCUUUCGACGACAAACCGUGCGAUGGUGACGCCAAGCGCAUCCUCGAGCACUACCAGCACAACUACAAACAAGCCAACACAGCGAGACCUCUUGCCCGAGGCUUCGUACGAGGAUGAAAUUGUGCCAACCACAUACGCACCGCCUUUGCGAAAUGCCUGGCGUUUGGGCCGCACUAGCGCACGGCCAUUGCAGCACAUCGUUUUGGAGACGAAUAUUGAGGAUGACCAUGUCUCUAGUUCGGGCAGCGAGCAAAGCGUGGUGACGGCAUUGAAGGAAACCAGCACUGUGCGUCCAAUCACGAGCAGCAGCACCACAACGUCGACAACUAGAACGCCACGUACUACUAGCAGCACUACGACCAGCACCACAACCACAACUACAACUACGACAACAACCACAACGACGACGCCUGCGCCAACGCCCGCAUUUGUAUUUCCCACCACAGAACGCGCUGUACAGAGUUACACACCGCGCGCGCUCAGCUUCAAAGAUAACCUAAUCAAAACCACCGGCAUUCCUGCGCAGCGCUUUGUCUCGCCAUAUAAAAGCCUUGAGACUAUACUGCAAGAGAAAGAUGAUCGUUACACGGGCGCAAACUCACUCCGCAGCACCGUUAAGCCACGUUAUAUGAACCCAACAACACCUUCCACAUUUACACUAAGCACCAGCAAGCCGCUACGCAGCUACUUCCUCAUCACAACUCCUCCAAGGAAUCUUAGUGACUCGAUUUUUGCCACAGCUUCGACAGGCAUACGGAAUUUCAGCGUGAGCGAUACCAUACUUAGCACCUUUUCAAAUACGCCAUCCAGAUCUGCUGCGCUGCCGCAAUCUUUGGCUAGCACCACGUCGACGACUACGACCACCAAAGCGCCCACCACCGAGGCUACAACUGAGAGUACCACACCGACGACGAUGUCCACAGUCAUUGUUACCGCGCCUAUACGCAUCGCACAAGCAGUUUCAAGCCAAAACACACUGAGAGCACAAGCCCUGGGAAGUGAUUAUGGCGGCGGAAAAAGUUCGGAGACACCACGUCCACGCGGACGCUCACGUUACUCUGCGGCGACAGUAAAUGCAUUCGAAGAACCAACAACCUAUGCGCCAAGAGUACGCUACCCAGGUGCCAGCGCAGCCGGUUAUGAAGCUGCCACGUCUUCGCCCAACGAUAGCUAUCCAAAAAGGCGAACGCUGCACCGCGCACGCAUCGUGGCCAUACAGGGUCAACGUAAUGGACUGAGCGCGAAUGCACCACUGAAGUCUCGCGAAAAAUAUGAAACCUACAAGGCCGAGCAGCAACAGAAACAGGCUACUAUUACGGCGUACGGGCAAACGGCACAGAAGUCGGUGAAUCGAAAACCGAUUGAAAACGAAUCGACUGUGGAGGGUGGUCCACGCGCCGAAGCCUUGGUGCGGCUGCCCAUUGAUGCGAAGCAAGACAACAGCAUUGAAUCGGCGGGUAGCGCCAGCUCAUCUUCGUCCACAGAACAAAAGACCGAUCGGCCACUGAAGUUCCUGUUCUCGAACAAAUAUCGGCAGCAAACUAAAGAUCGCACCUUGGCUGAGAGUUUGCAGAAUGCUGGUUAUAUUACCUCCAGCACUGGGCGCACCAAGUUCGAACCAGCUUCAGUGCUGGAACAACUGCAACUCUACCUCGCAGGCGAUAGUGAUGAGAGCAGCGCACAACAAUUCGUAGAUGAUUUGUCAGAGCGUGAAAUCAAUGCUGCAGUGAAAGAGAUCAAAAAUCUCUACACCACACCCAGAGCCAAAGCCACAGCAACAACAUACGCAAGCACAACAACAACGACAACGACCACUCAUAGACCAGCUACCACAACCACAACAACUACAUUGCGUCCGACUACUACUGCCGCGCCGCCAACUACUGCUUACCGCGUAGCAAGCGCCCCUCAGUCAACACCAACCACUUCCACUACCACAACCACAAAUACCGUCACACUUGCGAACAACCGUUCCCCCAUACAAACCAACACAAAUACAUAUACACAAACGAAAGUGCCAGCACCUGCCUUCACAUCCAACUCCUCCUCCUCCUCCAUCAACCACUCAACCACCAGCAACACAGCGCCAGCGAGCACUGCCAAAUCCUUGUUAACGCCAAUGCGUGCUUCAAGAGUUAAUAAUGCCAUCAAGUCGUCGAUUGCCGCUGCCGCUUACUCCGCUUCUUCUUCGCCUACCGCUUCCUCCACCACAACCACCGUCUCCAACUCUGCUUCCCAGCAGGCGUCCGCAGCUGUGGGCACCGCCAACGCGGCCAGAGGUAACAGUAUUAAGGGCAAUGCUUACGUUACGAAUACCGGUGCAGCAAUCAAAUGUUCCGACACCACAUCGAAUGCCAAGUGCAACGAAAUUCCCUCGAGAACAAAUUCGAAUAACAAUCGUAAUCGUGGUAGCUCCAGCUAUACCGGCCAGGAUCGUGAUGUACCCACAGCAGUGACCAGCAAUCGUGGCACACAUCCACCACGCACACGCCCCACUUUGAAGCCUUCGGGCACGAUCGUAUCGAAAGCACAGGAGUUUGUCGAUAUCUAUAGAAAUCCACCAACACGGCCGGAACCGCUUUACCCACAACCAACGCCCGACAAGACAGCAGCCAAGUGUCGCAAGGAUGUUUGUCUGCUACCAGAUUGUUCAUGCGGUGGCAAGGAAAUACCCGGCGAUUUACCAGUUGAGACUGUACCUCAAAUUGUGCUAAUCACAUUCGACGACUCUGUCAAUGAUCUGAACAAACAACUUUAUAUCGAUCUAUUCGAAAAGGGGCGUGUCAAUCCGAAUGGUUGUCCUAUAACGGCAACUUUCUACGUAUCACACGAGUGGACUGACUACAGUCAAGUGCAAAAUUUGUACGCCGAUGGGCAUGAGAUGGCCUCACAUACUGUAUCUCACAGCUUCGGCGAACAAUUCUCGCAAAAGAAGUGGACGCGUGAGAUUGCCGGCCAGCGUGAAAUUCUCGCCGCCUAUGGUGGUGUCAAGCUCUCCGAUGUGCGUGGUAUGCGCGCGCCAUUCCUCUCAGUCGGCGGCAAUAAAAUGUACAAAAUGCUUUACGACUCAAACUUUACCUACGAUUCAUCACUGCCAGUGUACGAAAAUCGCCCACCAUCAUGGCCCUACACCUUCGACUAUAAAAUCUUCCACGACUGCAUGAUACCACCCUGCCCGACGCGCAGCUAUCCGGGUGUAUGGCAAGUGCCUAUGGUGAUGUGGCAAGACUUGAACGGUGGACGUUGUUCAAUGGGUGAUGCCUGUUCGAAUCCCAGCGAAUCGGAUGGUGUUUACAAAAUGAUUAUGAAGAAUUUCGAAAGACACUACACGACAAACAGAGCUCCAUUUGGUCUCUACUACCAUGCGGCUUGGUUCACGCAGCCUCACCAUAAAGAAGGUUUCAUCAAAUUCUUAGACGCCAUCAAUCAAAUGCCAGACGUUUGGAUUGUGACCAAUUGGCAAAUGUUGCAAUGGGUACGUGAUCCAACACCACUCUCGCGCAUCAAUUCCUUCCAGCCAUUCUCGUGUGAUUACUCGGACCGUCCGAAGCGUUGCAACAACCCCAAGGUCUGCAAUCUCUGGCACAAAUCCGGCGUACGUUAUAUGAAAACGUGUCAACCCUGUCCCGACAUCUAUCCAUGGACCGGCAAGUCAGGCAUACGUUCAUCGCGUAUCGACAACGAAAUUGAAGAUUCGACAGCGUAAAUUGCAAAAUGUGUUUGUGUGUGUGAGAGCAAUACUAGAUAAGUGGUAUAAGCUUAUGUGUUUUUUUGGGGGGAGGGUGGAGCCAAGCAGAGCAGCAGCGGCGGAGCAAAGUUCGAUGUGUAAGGUGUAAACUUAGACGCUUUGCUGCACUGCGCGUGCGCAUGCGCUAUUUGUAAAUAUACGCACAAGUGUCAAUCAGAAAGAGAAACAUACAAACAUACAUACAACUGCAAAUGCACAAAAUAUGCAAUUCACUCGUUAGCAGCGUCAAAAUUAUUGUAAAAGUCGA